AGAGAGAGAGCGUCUCCUUAGGGCAGCGAUGCGCCGCGCGACUCGGAUGAGGGAGUCGUCGGCGACGAUUGUCGGGGCAGCCGAACAUUCGAGCGCGACGGAGGGCGCCACUUUUGUGCAAAAGGACUAGCAGCGGCUCCGGAGAUGGCGGAAGGCGCGACGAAAAGCCUCGCGACGCUCCCGAACACGGUCUUUGGCGUCGCGCUGGGCCUCGCGGGCAACGGCGUCCUCGUCAAGGGCCUGGCCGCGGACCGCUUCUGGGGCGCGCGGCGCGGCCGCGCGGCGCUCUGGGUCCUCUGGGCCGCGGCGCUCGCGACGUGGAUAGCCCUCGUCGCGUGCCUCGGGGCCAAGGCGCUGCUCCACCGGCGCUUCCUCCUGCGCGAGUGGCGCCACCGGCGGCGCUGCUUCUUCUUCUUCGUGCCGCACGUCGCGCUCGUCGCGCUCUGCCUCGGCGCGCCGGACGGCGCGCGGGCCUGGUCGCCGCGCCUCUUCCGCUGGUGCUACGGCCUCGCGCUGGCGCUGCAGGUCGCGCUCUGCGCGCGGUCCUACGCGCGCUGGGUCGGCGACGACGGGCCCGGCGGCGAGCCCGCGGGCGUCGACCACGCGACGCCGCCCGACCCCGGGCGGGACGCGCGCAUCUCUCCUUCAACGCGAGUCGGCCGCGGCGACGUCGACGCGCGCUCGAGCGCUCCGACGCCCUACCUCCUGUCGACGGUGGGCUGGCCCCUGCUGUCGUCGCUCGCCGUCGACCUCGACAUCGAGCGCGAGUGGGGCGCGCCCCUCGCGGCCUGGACCCUGGGGCCGGGCGUCGCGAACGCGACGGCCCGCGGCGAGCCGUCGCUCUUCCUCCUCAUGGCGCCGCCGUCGGCGGCGAGCGUCGCCAUGGGCUGCGGCGCGGCGAGCGACGGCGCCUUCGGCUUCGCGUUCCUCCUCUUCGUCGUCGUGCUCCGCGUCGGGCCCGUCUUCCUGCGGCGGCCGGAGAUCCUCGGCGCCUACUGGGCCUACACGUUCCCCCUCGCGGCGCUCGCGACGGCGGCGACGCACUGCGCCAAGUGCGGCCGCGCGCCCGAGGCCCUCGCCUGGGCCCUGUCGUCCGCGGCGCUCGCCAUGGUCGUGCUCGUCGCCGGCCGCAUGGGCCUCCACGCCGCGCGCGUCGCCGCGGGCGCGGACUCGUGGCCCGACCCGCUCCUCGCGCCCCCCAAGGGCGCCGAGGGCGGGACCGACGGCGCGCGCGAGCCCCUCGGCGCGGCCUAUCGCGCGCCACUCGCCGUCCGCGAACCCACGCACCCGCCGUCGGUUGCCAUGUCCCUCGAGACGUGGGUGGGCCUCGCCCGCAACGGGCUCUGCGUCGUCAGCGACACGCUGCCGGAGCGCUUCGACCAGUUCGGGCGCUACGCCAACGGCAUGUCGACGAUGAACUACCUCAUCGCGCCGCUCCAGCUCGCCGCCGUGGUCUUCAACGUGCCCGGGGCGCUGGGCCUGCCCGGCGCGGCCCUCGCCUACGCCCGGGCGCGCGGCGCCGGCGCGGCCGCGGCGCGGUCGGCGAGCGACGUCGUCCGCGUCGCGGGCGCGCGGCGGCUCGAGGCCGCGUGGGUGGGCCUCUGCUUCGCGUUCCUCAAAUGCACGCUCGCCCCCGCCUUCCUCGUGCUCUUCCUCAACUCGUGCAAGCAGGCCGAGGGCUGGUGGGUCGAGCACGCGCUCCUCGCGAUGCAAGUGGGAUUAGCCGUCGCGCUCUGGGCCAUGCGCGUGGACCUGCUGGCCAAGUGGGGCCGGACGCACAACGCGAACGUCAUCGCGCUCAUCGAGCACGACGGAAACGACGGCGGCCGCCACUGCGCCUACGCGGAGGCCGUCUGCGACGCGGGCCUCGGCGGCUCCGGCGACCUCGCGGCCGAGGCGACGCUCGCCGCGCUCCUCGCGUUCGCGGAGCGGGGCAAGGCCGACUACGACCUCGACGUCCGCGUCUGGGUCCUCAACUGCGUCGCCUUCUGCGGCUACGCCGUCUUCCCCCUCACCUACUUCGGCCCCUUCGCCCGCGACCCCUUCCACGAGUGGUUCGGCAACUUCGCCGGCGACCUCGCCUGGACCGUCGAGCCCGCGCUCGUCCUCCUCGCCGCGUCCGCCGCGAAGACCGCGGAGAAAGCAUCGAAGAAGGCCGACUAG